AUGGGAGACGUCCAGCGCGCCGUAACGUUUUUGCGGCGCACCUACCCCCUCCCAGAGCCUGACCCCGUAUGGGUAGGCGAGUGUGUCGCCGCUCUCCGCGAUGACGGCCAGCCAGCAACCGUCGAAGCCGUGCACGAGCAGUACCUCUACAGCGACCUCGGCGCCUCCACACUACCGCCCCCGCUCGGCGGUGGCGGCAUCCCCACCAGCACCAACGAGCACGACGCUGCCCGUCUCGAGUCCAGCACGCUGUUCGCCACCCCGACCAUUGUGCAGCUGCACACGCUGUCCGAAGUGGGGGCCAGCGCGUUUGCCCUGUCCACAACACUCGAUCAGCGCCGCGACGUCAUCACGGGCGCGACGCGUAUCCGUCGCCUGGGAGACGAAGACGACCAAGACGGCGAGGCCGGCGUGGCGGACGGCGUGCCCCCGCCGUACCCGCGGAGCAUGCUGGCCAUGGACGUCAGCGACGGCCGCACGGCGAUGAGGGCGUUCGAGUACAGGAGGAUACCAAAGCUGGUCCUCAGCGAGACCCCGAUGGGUACCAAGCUCCUUCUCCACAACGUCCGCUGUCUCCGCGGUACUCUCCUCCUCGACCCCUCCAACACCACCGUCAUGGGCGGCGCCGUCGAGGCCCUGGACGCCGGCCAGCCCGAAGCCUUUGUCGCGAGCCUGCAAGCGCGUCUCGAUGCUGCAAAGGACGGCUCUGCCGCUGCUGCAGGAGCCGGUGCGCGGCGCCGGACACUGCCGGCUCGCGGACGUGGGCGCGGUCGCGCGGCGCCGGCACCGGCGCCUGCUCGUGCUCCCCCACGCGCCGCUCAAGGAGGUACAUCUGCCGCCGGCCGCGCGGCGCGCCUCGCAGCGAUACAAGCUGCGCGUGAGGAGGAAGCUGCCGCCGAGGAGGAGGCCGCGGCGCUUGAGCAGCACGAGCCAUUCGACCUGACGGGCGACACGACGAUUGGCGACACGACGAUUGGCGAAGACAUGGACGACGACGAGUUUGACGACAGCUUUCUGCGCGAGAUUGACGCGGCCGAGGCGCAGGCUACCACGAGUCAGAGGAGGGCCGCCGAGGCCGCUAGGACCAGGGCAAGGGAGGCGAGGAGGGAGGCCGAGAUUGAGAUUAUUGAGAUUUCCGACUAG